AUGAAUUACGACGACCUAGUGGUGGCUUCACAAGAGAUCUUAACCUCACCGCAUCAACGGCCUCCCGUUUCGCUUUAUCCGGAAACAGAUAAACAAUUAAGAUCACGUAAAGCAAAGAAGGCAACAAGCAUGGAAAACCUCUAUGAAACCAAUAUGAUGUCUCUUUCACACGGUAACGAGUCCGCCCCCGCAUUGAACGGGAUACGCAAAGAAAGCAGCACGUUUGCAUUAAGUAAUAGGAAUAGCGGCAGCAAGAGAGAGGAUAGCGAUACCAUUGCAAGUUUGGGCAAGCUCGAUGGUCUAAAUAGCACUAGCACAAACUCGGCUUCCUUUACCAAUCAAAAUGGAAAUGCAUCGCAAAACCAUCGUCAAGAACGCAAAUCCUAUCGCUCGCCCCCCGCUACCUCGCCGCCUGCUGAACGUGAUUAUGCAACGGGCCCUCCCACCGAAAUAAUGCGAGAUCCGACAUCAGAGGCUUUUUCGACUCAUGCGUAUAGUUGGCCUAUCGUAUUUGCUGUUAUCCCGCCAAUGGUUCCUUGGGAACUUUACUAUGCUGCGCGCUCUCGAAGAGUAAUAAACGAGUCAAACACUCCGUCUGACCCGCAACUUGAAGAACAACGCGCCGCCGCCGCAAAAGAUCUUCGAAAACAGGAAAGAAAUGCACUCGCCCUGGUCGUUGCAUCUCCCAUUCUCGGCGGCUACGCUCUCCAUUUUGCCAAAAUGUCGCUCACGGAUUACGACAAAUACAUUACGCAUUUCAACAUCAACCUGUUUGUCUUUGCAGCCGGAAUACGACCGCUGAUGCACAUUGCAACACUGGCCAAGAACAAGACACUUCAUUUGCAAGAACAAGUACAUUAUCCCAGCACCGAAGUAGAAUUGUUAAAGAGACGGGUCCAGCAUUUGGAAUACGAGUUUUCGCAACUACGACGAGGCUUUGCCACAAAACGCGAAGUUCUCCAAGUGCGCGAUGGGUUCGAACCGACGCUAACUCAACUCAACAAGGCUAUGCGUCGAUGCGAGAAAAAAGAGGCAUGUCUUCGUACGUAUUCGGACGAGCGGUUUGCCUAUCUCGAAGAGAAACUCCGAGAAUUCGAUUCAAUCAUCACGUAUAGACUUCAGGAUGACCAAGUAGCGAGUCUACCAAGGUCCAUGAUGCAAGUAAUGUUUUUGCCACUGAACAUCACUGUGACCGUUUUGGGUUAUGCGCGGUAUUUCUUACCAAAGUCUUUGAGAGGCCGGAGUGCACCCAUGUUGCAACCACCUAAUCCGAGUGACGAAGAUGACACCGUUGUUGGUCACAGAAAGCUAUACGGAGAGUAUGGGCAACAAGGAAGCGAAGGAUUGCAGUCAAGGGAUUUGCAGAAAUAUCACUGA